UUACACACCAGUCUGAUGUGUGUUAGCACGCUGAUGAGAUACGUGUUUCCGUCUGCGGGGGACCAUGUCGUGACAAAUAAGCUGUUUAACGGUGGCGGAGUGUUGAAAACAGAGAUGAAAACGGUCGCUUUCACCAUAGAAGAACCAAACGCUCCCCGACGGUUAUAAUGGAGCCGCUGCGGUCCCUGUCUGCGCUCCAUUGAUACACACAGUCCUACUUCUUAUAGUGGGGGAAAGGAGGAGAUAUAGGGAGAUGGGGACAUACUUUUAACCCUUGUUCGAAAGCAACAGGGAAGCCCAAGCCCUACUAAAGCUUUUAGUACCCCACAAAACACACCCUAUCCGAGUUUUUGGGCGUGUUGUGAACGAACGCAGGCCUGCCGAUGGCGAACUGAACUUUUCCCGAGACCCAAACUUGUCAGGCAGCCGCAUCUUACGCGCAUGCGCAUCGUUCUUAUCCAGCUCUAAAUAAGAGUUAAAACAGAAACGAGGUAGGUCAUAACAGAAGAGUGGGAAUGACUGACACUCCACCCAGUGAUGGACCCUCCCAGGGAGCUGAGUUUGACAUGAUAAGUGCUCUGGACUGGAAGGAUGGUAUUGCCACACUGCCAGGCAGUGAUAUCAGGUUCCGCAUGACCGAGUUUGGGACUCUUGAGAUUGUCACAGACAUAGAGGUCAAAGGGCAGGUGGCAGAGCCUAAUCGUGAGACCUUGAACCCGGUGCAGUCCCACACUCCCACCCCUCCACCAGAAGUCCAAUCACAGGCUAGCACGGCCACAGCUCUGGUCAUUCAGAGCAAGCCAGGCUCAUCUCAAGCUAAAGAGGAGGACCCCAGCAUGGAGGUUGGCCCUAGGGUUAAAGCCAGUUCUGGUACUGACAUGGGUCCAAAUGGGGAGCUGUCAAGAUGUCGAGUCUGUGGUGGUCAUGUUUUCAGGCAUGCCCUUAUAGAGGAGAAAUACUGUAGCUCUUGUGUUCAGCCUUCCAGUGGCAGAUCUUCUCCGGCAGAAGCACGUGACAGUCAAGCAGUGGAAGGUGAGAGACUGGGGAAACGUGUCCGCAAAAAGAGAAAGAUCUACAUGGAUUCUGGUGAUGAAGAGGAGGACAAUCAAGAAGAACCAGAGGAAAAGGCCAAAGCUGCCAAAGGCAGGAGAGGAGCCAAAAUGGCCAAACUUGUGACUGCCACGGCCAACAAGAAGCGGGCAUGGAGCUGGCCAGCUUAUCUGGAGGAAGGACGAACUAUUGCUGCACCUGUGAAACUUUUCAAAGAGCACCAGUCGUUUCCUCAAAGCAGGAACAGUUUUAAGGUUGGAAUGAAGGUUGAAGGGCUUGAUCCAUCUCACCCAUCUCUCUUUUGUGUGCUCACUGUUGCAGAGAUCCAAGGUUAUAGAGUUAGACUCCACUUCGACGGUUACCCUGAAUGCUAUGACUUCUGGGCUAAUGCUGAUUCGUGGGACCUGAAACCAGCUGGGUGGUGUGAGAAGAAUGGACACAAGUUAUUACUGCCUAAAGGCUGUAAAGAAGGAGAGUUUAACUGGAGCAUGUAUGUGAAAAACUGCAGAGGCCAACUGGCUCCAAAACAUCUUUUUAAGAGCCUCAACACAUCUGUGACUCCAUCUGGGUUUAGAGCAGGGAUGAAACUGGAGGCAGCUGACAGAAAGAACCCUUCGCAGAUCUGUGUAGCAACAAUAGCUGCUGUUGUUGACAACCGCCUUCUUAUUCACUUUGACAACCUGGAUGACACACAUGAUUAUUGGUGUGAUGCCAGCAGUCCAUAUAUCCAUCCUGUUGGUUUCUGUGAAGAAGCUCAGUUGACUCUAACAACUCCACCUGAAUAUAAAAAUCCCAAGAAUUUCUCAUGGGAAAAGUACUUGGAGGAAACGGGAACACAAGCAGCUCCUGCUCGAGCUUUCAAACUGCGACCCCCUCAUGGCUUCCAGACUGGGAUGAAAGUGGAAGCAGUUGAUAAAAGGAACCCCAUGCUCAUUCGUGUAGCUACCAUAGUGGGCACAGAGGACCACCGUCUAAAGAUUCACUUUGAUGGCUGGAAUUUGGAUUAUGACUACUGGGUUGAGACAGACUGCCCAGAUCUGCACCCAGUUGGAUGGUGUCAGAAAACUGGACACCCAUUACAGCACCCCAACAGCACAAGUGAUGUAUUGCCGGCCCCAGGACAAGGCUGUCCUACCCCGGGAUGCAACGGGGUCGGACACAUAAGGGGACCUCGCUAUGGGACACACUACACCCAGGUGAGCUGCCCUUACUCUGAGAUAAACCUGAACAAGGAGGGUUUGUUGCCAGAUCGUCUCGGUGGAGAGCGGCCUCUUGUUCUUAGCGGGCCUCCACCACGGGGGCGACGUCCCGAAGCUCACCAGAGCAAUCCAACUCAGACCACAUCAGCACCGGCACAGACCGACGCACCUGUGGAUCCUCAAAGCAGGAAACCAGUGACUGGGGAAGCUGAGCAUUCAGAAUGCAACAACCAGUCAGAGCCACCGGGUGAAGCCAACGAGCAAAGCCACAAUGGAACGAGGCCUAAAAGGAUGGCUCCACUUCCCAAGUAUCUAAAAAUGCACUAUGUCAAGGAUGAGAUCAGCGAUGGAAAAUCUUCCCCAGAAACAAUCUCUCUCCAGCAAGCACUCCACGAGUCUGUAUUCUCCCCUGGCAUCUCUGCCUCUCCCGCGCACAGAGUGGCCCUUUGCUGGGACAAACACUGCCAGCUGCUGCCCGAGGUCCUGGGGCUGACUGCCAAGAGAGUGGCAACUUGGAGCACUGAGGAGGUGGCUGGUUUUGUCAAAGGACUUCCAGGAUGUAAAGAGCAGGCUGCUACUUUUAAAACUGAACAAAUAGAUGGCGAGGCCUUCCUGCUUCUUACCCAAGCAGACAUCGUUAAGAUCCUGUCCAUCAAGCUUGGACCUGCUUUAAAGAUCUACAACUCCAUCCUCAUGCUGAAGAGUGCCGACGAAGAGUGAGACCUGCCUGCAGGGGGAUUCUCUCCCUCCAUCCAGGUCCCUCAGUCUCGGCUAAGCCUUCGCUGAAGAUCAGACUUCUGAUAAAAAAAUAAUUCAUCCAGAACAAGGCCAAUUAGUUUUCCUCUGCAGUCGUGCAACUACAAGAGAGGAGAAGAGAAAGCCUUUGUCUGGAAGGUGUCCCAUCUCUCCCCUCUUUCUCUACAACGGCUAACUGGAGUAUUUUAAGACACCAUGAAGAUUUACUAACCUGAGUUGUGUUUGUUUACAGAAUCACAAAAACAUAGAGGCACCUUUAACAUUGUACAUUUUACAGAUUUGAUUUAUUGUCCUUGUUGUUGGAUUUCUUGUUUGUAAAGAAACGGUGCUCUGGCUCUGAGCUGGUAGAACAAGUGUUUUUUUUUUUGUUUUUUUUGUUUGUUUUAAAAAGCUGCAAAAUACAAUCGUAAAAUGGUGAGAAGAUUUUGAAAUGUGAAACCCAGUGGAGCAGAGGCACUUCAGCUUUUCUCCUGUAAAUUGGAGAGAGACGACUGUUCAGCAGGCUCAAAGAGCAUGAGUGUUUAAGUUGGAGUUGGCAGGAGUUAGGAUUCAAUAGGCACGCUUAAAACUGUGUCUUUGUUUGUGUGCAGAUAUGAUUAAGUGUGUUUGAGAAAUGGAGAUGUAUAUUGCCACUGUCCUGCGUUCAACGGGUUAUUUUUUGGGACGAGCUGCAAGGGCUGACUCUGUAAAUCAAAGAACUUUCCCAUCUCCAAAGUUGGAUUCAAUGCUGAACCAGCUGUUUUUUGUUUGUUUUUGUUGCAACACAUGAAUUUGAAUGUUAGACAACUUUAAGUUGUUUUGAUAUCCACCUUAUUGUUCCUGCUCCAAAUAAGCUCUGACUUUGAGUGUAAAUACAACUCAAAUAAGAAACCUCCCUCUCUACCUGAGUUUAGUCCUGCUCUGUUAUGCAAAGACUAAUAAUCUGUCUAGUUUAAUGGGAAGAGGACAGCCUUGGCUGGCAUCUUUGUAAAUAUGCGUGUACCGCAGCAAGUUGGAUCUGUACAUCAGUAACUGUUGAUAUGCAAACAGCUUUUAUUUAUGUUUUGUAAAUUAUGGGAUAAUGGUACGCUGCUCUGCCUCCUCUUAUGGAACGUGUGGAUGGGAGACAAUAAAUGAGAUGUACACUG